GAAAAAAAAAAAAAAACAAUAUCACUGCCAGUGGCUUUUCUGUCUUCUGUAGCCACCAAGGUGGUUGAGAGUUUAAGCUUGCGGAUAUUAGAUUCAUAAGUCACACCAAGUGGUGGGCGAUUCACUGAGCAAAGCAGAAGUCUUCACAUGAUGACUUCAAACAAGACGCAUUACCUUCCUGCAUCUGUUAGAGAGACUGGAUUUUAAGACACUUGUGUCUCCAGGACAGGGAAGAAACAAUGUUCCAUCAGGUGAGAAGAGUGAUGACCAUCCUUUUCCUUACUAUGGUUAUUUCAUACUUCAGUUGCAUGAAAGCUGCCCCCAUGAAAGAAGCCAGUGUCAGAGGACAAAGUGGCCUGGCCUAUCCGGGUCUUCGGACCCAUGGUACUCUUGAGAGCAUAGGUGGUCCCAGUGGCUCAAGAGGAGGUGGACUUCCUUCACUGACAGAUACUUUUGAGCUUGUCAUAGAAGAACUCCUGGAAGAGGAACAAAGUAUAAGGCAAAGCGAGGAAAGCAAAGACUCUGACUUGUAUUCAUCUAGAGUAAUGCUAAGCAGUCAAGUACCUUUGGAACCACCAUUGCUUUUCCUACUUGAGGAGUACAAAAACUACUUGGAUGCUGCAAACAUGUCCAUGAGGGUCCGGCGCCACUCUGACCCAGCCAGACGUGGAGAGCUGAGCGUGUGUGACAGUAUUAGCGAAUGGGUUACAGCAGCAAACAAGAAAACUGCAGUGGACAUGUCGGGGCAGACGGUUACUGUCCUAGAAAAAGUCCCAGUAUCUAAAGGCCAACUGAAGCAAUAUUUCUACGAGACCAAAUGCAACCCUAUGGGUUACAUGAAAGAAGGCUGCAGAGGCAUAGACAAAAGGUACUGGAACUCUCAGUGCCGAACUACUCAGUCUUACGUGCGGGCUUUCACCAUGGAUAGCAAAAAAAAAGUUGGUUGGCGCUUUAUAAGAAUAGACACUUCUUGUGUAUGUACACUGACCAUUAAAAGGGGAAGAUAGUGAAUUUAUCUUGUAUAGAUUAUAUUGAGAAGAAAAUAUCUAUUUGUAUAUAUACAUAACAGGGUAAAUUAUUCCGUAA